AUGGCGAGUCCUCCAACAUCACCCUUUGCCAGUUCCAUAGAAAAGACCAAUGGUGUGAAGUUAUGGAAUCUUGUUACUAAUGGGGGAGCAGCAGCAUUAAGGAUCCUCCUGAGUAAAUCUCACUCCCCUCAACCAUUAGCUACUUGGCUCGGUCAACAUAAACAAACACUUUCAAGUCUCAAACCCAGGGUACUUAUAAAUGAUCAGUGGCGAAAGCUCUUUCCGUCUGAUGGAACGCAACCAGACUGUGAGUCAUUUGACAUAACACUGCUCGUGAUCCUUUUAAUCAACAUUUGUGGUUUGUCUCCUCCCAACACCGGGUGGAACGACAAGCCUCCUCGGAGCGACAGGUCAACAGAAGCAAAUAUUGCUCGCAUCAGGUAUUUUCGAAAUCUGCUCAAUCAUGCUCCGUCAACUGGAGUUAACACGCAAAACUUCAACUCCUACUGGCAGGAAAUUGCUGAUGCUUUGGUUGCUCUCGGACUAGAUCGGAAUGAAAUAGAUGCCUUAAAGAAAGAGAAAGAGCUAGAGAAACUGGCACGUUUUGAUUUUGCAGGAGACAUAAACCAUCACCUUGCUAAAUUUCAGAACGGAACGCGAGAGUGGGUCUUCAAUGAGGUCGAAAAUUGGUUGGAUGGCAGUAGCUCCUUGCACCGUGCAAUGCUGAUCACUGCGGCUGCCGGAAUGGGAAAGUCCGUCGCCAGUGCAGCCAUUUGCAAGAGAAUGCAAAGAGCAGACAGAGUAAUAGGGUGUCAUUUUUGUCAACACAGCUUCGACUUCUACCGUGAUCCGAAACGAAUGCUUCAAUCACUGGCUUACCAGUUAAGCUCGAAAUUGCCAGAAUACAAAGCAGCCCUCGUGGAGCAGCUCUCCAGUGAGCGCAGCAAAGAACUAGAACAUAUGAGAGUGUCAGAUCUCUUCGUGUGGCUCUUUGAACCCCUUUUCGCUGUGGCAGACCCUGGCAGAAACGUCCUUGUGAUAAUAGAUGGCCUGGACGAAAGUGAACUCGAUGAACGCAAUGAGUUACUAGAUGUCAUCGCCAAUCACUUAUCUAAAUUGCCGCUUUGGAUAAGAUUUCUAAUUACCGCAAGACCAGAAAAAAAGAUUACAGACAAACUCAGCAAUCUGAUGAUUUUCAAGUUGCAACAAGAGGAUGAACGGAAUCGUGAUGAUAUCAAAACUUUCUUCGAAAAGGAACUAAAUCCUUGCGUAACAGGCCCAGACGGCCUCAGUUCAACAGUUCAAGAGUUAGUCCAACUUUCGGAUGGCUCAAUGCUCUUCGCAUACUUUUUAAUACAAAUGAUCCAAAACAACACUUCACCAGGAAGUCCAGAGGAACUUCGUCGACAAUUCCCACGAGGCAUUUCCUCAGUUUACCAGUCCUAUUUUGAGCGAAUGGAGAGAAGACUGGAGGAAAAAUUGAAGGACAACUAUGGCAAUUUUUUGACUGAUUUUCUGAGUGCUUUGACUGUUUCUGAAGAACCUUUGCACAAGGAUUUCAUCAUGGCCAUACUGCUGCAAAACAGUAACACUUCAGAAAGUGAUCCCUUGAGCGAUCAGCGAAAACUUAAGGGUGUUAUUGACUGUAUUUCUUCUCUUUUCAUUCUUCGAGAUGACCAGGUUCACAUGUUCCACAAAUCCAUCAAGGAUUGGUUGACAGACCCGUCCAAUGAUUUUUUCUUCGUAGACGAGAAGAGAGGUCAUAAGAUUCUGUCUAAGUUGUGCGUUAAGGUACUUGAAAUUGAAAAGAGACCUCGUGAACACCAUGCAGAAUCGCCUACUCAAGCCAUGAAGAAAUACGCCUUACGACACGGUGUCAAGCACAUGCUGGAAGCAUUAGAGACCGAAAGCGCUCAAAUGGAAGAAUUAGUUCAUGGGUACGUGACAGAUCUCGAACUCAUUUAUGCCAAGCUAUGUACAGAGGAUACGGAUGUCCUUAAGGAUCUUGUUCUUGUGCAAGAACAUCCGAAUUCAAGGGAACUAAGCAACGAAAUCGACAAUACAAUUGAAAGCCUUUUAUUACAAUUCAAGAAAAACCCUAAGUUGCUUCGAGAUAAUCCUGGGAUGAUUUUCCAAAACUUACUCAAUGAAGGAGAAUCAGCACUUUAUCAACAGGUGUCUGAUACUCUUUUGAGUUCCCAUCCGGAAAUACCAUAUAUGGAGCUGUUAGACAAAAAUGGUCACCAAGGCCCUGUUGUGGAUCGUUUUUUCUGCUCUGACAUAGUUGUUUGCUUUGAUGUUUCCCCAGACGAAAAACUCUUGGUAAGCGAAUGUCGUGAUGGAAAGACGUCGUUAUGGUCACUUGAGACUGGAAAGCGGCUAUGGGAAAAAGCUUUAUUAAAAUCGAUGAAGUCGUACAAUGAAGUUCCACUUGGAACUGCUUUUCGACAGAAGUACGAAGACAACGAGACUGGGAAAAAGACGCUGUCGUUUUAUCGUUCCACUGUCUUCCAUCCAGACGGUUGUUCCAUUUUGCCAGGAAACUUGGCCAAAGUCUACAGCUUAGAUGGAGAACCGAAGUCACUCUUUCCAGGGAGCAAAUGUCAUUUCACUGUUUGCUAUUUCUCAGGUAACAAAACUAGGAUGUUAACUGAUUGUCCAGAAGACGCCCAUCGAGUGGUCAUGUGGAACACUAAGAAUGGUGUGGAGAUCAAACGCUUCGAGAGCGAAGAAACUAUAGCUUCUUUUGCUAUUUCGCAAGAUGGAAAUCGUGUUGCGAUCUGCCAUACAAAUGGCUCACUCUGGUUACGAACUGUUGAAGAUCCCAGCUGGAUGAAAGCACCUCAGAACAUUUCUGGCGAAGGUAACCCUUGUGGACUGUUACAUUUUACAGAAGCAGGAACUCUUGUCUGUGGCAGUAUCCAACAUGAGCUGUCUGAUCACCGAGACAAGUACAAACUUUCGGUGCCAGCGUUUCAGUCACAAUCAUCUUGUGUCUUUCUGUGGCCGUGGGAAUCGGUUGAUUCUGUCGAUAGAUUGAAAGUCGUUUGUAAGACAUCCCAUUUCGUUUCUGCAGACUUGCAAAUUGGAUUUUGCCUCAUGUUACUAAGAGAUUUGGCAGUGGUCGGGAGUCCAACUGUUAAUUACUUAACGAUGCUUGAUAUUACUCGUCCCCUAAAAGACGAAGAGAUGCCACGGACAGCACAAGCUGCGUUUUCUACAGCCAACGAUAGCACGCGCUUGUACACAACUAUCGCCAUUUGCAACCAUGCGGAAGGAAUGAAAACAGAUGAGUCACGCUUAGUGACAUUUACUAUGCGGGACGCAAACAAUGCCAGGGAAGUGAAGCAGGAAAAGUCCUUCCAACACAGUUCACGUCGUGUCGAGAAUGGGAUCCUGACUGUAACUGUCACAUACAAUGGUGAGACAGGCGUCCUCUUGCAAACAGACAGCAAGACAUUAGAGGUAUGGAACAUUGACUUGUCUCAAGGUCUAAACUCUAUUACCAUGAUGGGCGAAAUCGAAAGACUAAUUCCUGUAUCGCAAGAUCUUGUUGGAUGCGUUUUAUGCAUCCCUAAAUUUUCAUCCGAAGGACAACAGGAACUUACGAUUGCCUUUUUUGAUGUCUCCGCGUGGAAAGUUGUAUUUGAAAGAAAUUUGAGUGGUAAACCAGAACUGAAAUCGAUUGCGUGCAGUCUUCAAAGAGAUGUGGUGUUCUGUGCUGAAAACGACGCAAGAAAGCGCGAAAUGUUCUUUUACAGAGGUGAGGCAAAUGUUCCCAUCAGGGGAGAGGACGACAUUUACCAAGGCGGUUGCAACUGGAGACAUCCCCAUUGCGUAUUUUCUCCUCAGGGAGAUGUAGUCGCCACGUGGAAUACUCUGAAUGACGGCUAUGGAUUGCACGCUCUCAGUGCGAAGAAUAGAAUGAAGGAGCUUCAUGUCUUCCUGGAAAACUGUUACGACAUCGCCGACUGCAGGUUUCUCAACGAUGGCAAGACUAUGGUCUGCUACAGAUACGAGUCUAACGUACGACUUUUCAGUGUUAAGUCCGGAGAAGUACUAGCUGUCUUGGACAUAGGAGAGCGCCCGACCUGUAUAGGAUGUUCUCCUGAUGAGCCUCUUAUUGCUGUUGGGCUACGUUUUAGAAAAGUAAUAGUGAUUCGAGCACACGUGCCAAAACUACGGGGAGCCAACCACAAACGGAGAAAGGGUGAGUUAGUAUCUUUAUGA